GCUCCACAUUUUUCUGGCUACCUUCAGGUUGUCUUGUCUAACUUUCAGACGCGCUUCCAAAUCUAUUCUCCUGGAUCCUCCUACCUUUUUCCAUUUUUCCAUUUUGCCAUUUUGCCGUUUGUGCGCCUGUCCACAGUCGACUUAACAGUCGUCUGCAGUCGUCUGCCCCUCUUCCCUCCAGCCAAUCAGCCAAUCAGCCAACAGGCCAGCCCGUCAAUUGGCUACUGUUUGUGUGACCAUGUGUUACGGCAAGUGAAUGAACGUGAUGUGAUAACGUGUCAUGCAGGAAUGCAGGGCGCACAGGGUGGACGCGCAGCUAGCUGCGGGCAAACGGCAUCGCGACGCCAGGAGAAUUCCCCCAGACAGACACUAGUGCCUUGUCCACCAAUCAGACGUCGCGCAAACACAACGUCUACGCCGUAUGCAAGAUCGUGA